AAAAGGGCGACAACUCUUGCCCCUGGAAAGUUUAUACCAAAAUUGGAACGUGUGAGACAAUCCAGCCAAGUCAACUAUGUCGUCCGAUGUCGAUACACUCAUGGAAAUGGGAUUUUCCAGGAACAAAGCGCAAAGGGCCUUGGCAAAAACCAAUUAUAAGGGAGUUCAGUUAGCUAUGGAUUGGUUGUUUGCCCAUGAUGGAGAUGCAGACAUUGAUGAACCUUUCGAAGCUCCCAAGGGAAAUGUUCUUGGUAAAACAGAAGAUCUCCCUGCCCCUCCCACAACUGCAGGGGGAGAGGGGCCGGACGCCCCAGGUGAAGAAAACAUGCAAGCCAGGUCACUCAAGUGUGAUGAGUGUGGCAAGUUGCUGAGGUCAGAGAUGGACGCUCAGGCCCAUGCAGCUCGCACACAACAUGCCAGCUUCUCUGAGAGCACAGAAGAGAUUAAACCCCUCACAGACGAGGAGAAGAAACAAAAGCUUCAAGAUCUACAGGACCGGUUGAAGCAGCGGCGGAUGGCGAAGGAUGAGGAGGAGAAGAAGGAGCAGAUCGCCCGGGAGAAGGCCCGGCGCACCACAAACAAGGAACUAGGCAUGGCCAAGCAGAAAAUUGAGGAGGAGGAGAUAAAGAAGAUAGCGGAGCAUAGAAGGCGGGAGAAGAUGGAGGAGAGGCAGGCCAGAGAGCGUGUGAGAGAGCAGAUAGCGAAGGACAAGGCUGACAGAGCUGCUAAGUUUGGCAAGACCAGCCAGCAUUCCCCCCCAUCAGCAGCCUGCCCCCCUGCUUCCACCCAGACAACAGGAGCAGCAGCAGCCCCCAAGGAGUACGACACCUGCCGACUACAGAUCCGGUUGACCAAUGGCCAAGUACUGACCCAAAGCUUCAAGGCUAAGGAACCUCUGGCAGCAGUGCGUCUGUACAUCGAGAUGAACCGGUCCGAUGGCACCGGACCCUUCUCUCUCCUGACAUCAUUCCCCCGUAAAGUCUUCUCCAGUGAAGACAUGGAGAAACCACUAGACACAUUAGGCUUAGUUCCAUCAGCUGUUUUGAUCGUGUCAAAGCCUCAGUGAUAAGGUUGUCAUCAAGCAAGCAUUCAUGUGGAUAGCAGAGCAAUGGUUUUAGUGUUACAUGUCAACAAGGCAUCUUUGGAACAUCAUUUUCCAGUUCCAAUUGUGAGGCAGGAUACAAAGUGUGUGCUCAAGAUGUUUCUCAGGAGAGACUGGUUUGUGGACUACAACACAGAGGAGGCGAAAUCAGGCUGACUCCCACAGUUGUGUUACACAAGUUACUGAAUAUCUCAAUCGAAUUGGAUAUCUUACAGUGUAGUGUUAUACAUUCUAAGAUCUUUAUAGUUUUAUGCCUUUGACACUGUAUACAGGAAAGUAACUUCUUAAGGUUUUUUGUGUCCAUCUUGUCAAGAUGUUUUAUUCAUCACUGUGAAAGGCAAACAAGGAAAAAGGAAGGCUAGUUAUUCUUCUCACAACAUCAUGUCCAUGAUGGUGGUAAUGUAUCAACUCAAACUAAUACUGUUUCUAGGAUCUCAGAUACACCACCAAUUCCAUUUUUAGAAAGGUUUUUGAAACAAAUCAAUCUGGCUUUUUCUGCUGGCUUGAUAAGCAUGAAUGGCCACGUAGUGUUGAUCUGUAACUCACAAGGAAGUGAAUGUUUUGUGCCGUAGUCAGGAAUAUUCCAGCUAUAUAAUGGCAGCCUAUAAAUAAUCAGCUCAGAUACAGCUGAACAAACGGGAGAGUGCGUGAUUGACAAUCCAUGGCGCUGGCCGGGGUGUACAGUGUGUCUUCAUUGCGACUGCAUGAUCCUCAUCUACACUGGCUCCUACAACAAGCAUGGAGCCACUGGAGACUGAGGUCAUGUUCUCUUGAGGAAUCCCCACAGUCGGUACCUUAUGAAAAUGAAGUAGGUGAUCUCUGAAGGAGCUUGCUUUGUGUGUUUGCAUUAUUUCUUGUCCAUUAAGUCAUAACAAAUUAUAUGGUCAAUGACCAUUACAGUUCUGCUGGUGUGUUUUCCACCAUCUCUGUGUAAAAUAUUAUUGCCAGUUUAGUGUUUGUCAAAGUGUUUUUAAUUUUGCUUCCUGUGAGAUUUCUCAUUUAAUGGACUGGGUGAGUUGGCCAGGUUUUGAGUGCCAUCACACCCUGACAGCAUGGAUCAUAAUGUCAUCCACUGGGUUGUCUUGUCCUGACUUGACUAUUUAAAGGUUGUCUUGUCGGACUUGACUAUUUAAAGGUUGCCUUGUCGGACUUGACUAAUUAUAGGUUGUCUUGUCCAGACUUGACUAAUUAAAGGUUGUCUUGUCCAGACUUGUCUAUUUAAAGGUUGUCUUGUCCAGACUUGUCUAUUCAAAGGUUGUCUUGUCCAGACUUGUCUAUUCAAAGGUUGUCUUGUCCAGACUUGUCUAUUCAAAGGUAGUCUUGUCCUGACUUGACUAUUUAAAGGUUGUCUUGUCGGACUUGUCUAUUUAAAGGUUGUCUUGUCGGACUUGACUAUUUAAAGGUUGUCUUGUCCAGACUUGUCUAUUCAAAGGUUGUCUUGUCCAGACUUGUCUAUUCAAAGGUAGUCUUGUCCUGACUUGACUAUUUAAAGGUUGUCUUGUCGGACUUGUCUAUUUAAAGGUUGUCUUGUCGGACUUGACUAUUUAAAGGUUGUCUUGUCGGACUUGACUAAUUAUAGGUUGUCUUGUCUGGACUUGACUAUUUAAAGGUUGUCUUGUCCAGACUUGACUAUUUAAAGGUUGUCUUGUCCGGACUUGACUAUUUAAAGGUUGUCUUGUUGGACUUGACUAUUUAAAGGUUGUCCUGUCGGACUUGACUAUAUAAAGGUAGUCUUGUCCUGACUUGUCUAUUCAAAGGUAGUCUUGUCCAGACUUGUCUAUUUAAAGGUUGUCUUGUCCAGACUUGUCUAUUUAAAGGUUGUCUUGUCCAGACUUGACUAUAUAAAGGUAGUCUUGUCCAGACUUGUCUAUUCAAAGGUAGUCUUGUCCUGACUUGACUAUUUUAAGGUUGUCUUGUCGGACUUGUCUAUUUAAAGGUUGUCUUGUCGGACUUGUCUAUUUAAAGGUUGUCUUGUCGGACUUGACUAUUUAAAGGUUGUCUUGUCCAGACUUGACUAUUUAAAGGUUGUCUUGUCCAGACUUGUCUAUUCAAAGGUUGUCUUGUCCGGACUUGACUAUCUAAAGGUUGUCUUCAUACAGCUGGGAAAUUGCUGAGUGCUGCAUUAAACUACGAACAAACAUAUUUUAUCUUUUCAUUGUUAUCAACAUGCUCCAAAUUUGAAGUGUGAAAGUUUGUAAGAUCUAGUAGGUGUCUCCCAAAGUAAUUUGAUGUACUAGUUGGAAUUAGUUCAUGGUGUCAGUUGUGGGUUUGAAUCCCUUGGUCUAUGGGUGGGUGUCUUAUGUUUACCCUGGUGCAACUAAUUGCUCCCUGACAAUAUUAUCCAUAGGUGUGAUGUUCUCAUUGUGAAAGGACAUCUGAACUAGUCAGGUUCGAUUUAAGGAUCUUGAUUUACCUUGCUCCAGGUGCAUGUUUACGUGAAAGUCAAGUUGCACCAGACAAAACUAGGUUGCACCCUGGACCCAUAAGUUUUUCAAAGUUGAAACAAGGGCCGCUCUGCUGCCUGUGUCACAUUAAUUAAUGACAUAUUGCUGUCAAAUGUACAUGACACACAUUACACAUAACACAGAGAUUAAUGAAGUAGUAUGGUAAAUGAACCUUAGAGGCAGUGGGGGGGGACACAGGUCCCUGACUUGUUUUUGUUCUGUAUACAGACUAUGUCAGCAUGCUGUCAUUGUGAUGUCAUGGUGAGAAUGUCUCACCUCACAAAGGAGAUACCCGUUGUUUUGUUUCAUAUGGAUUUCAUUAUGUCUUUGGACAGUAUCAGAAACCACCAUUGUUAAGAUGAUCAAAAUGUGCACAGUACUUGUGAUCUUGUUUAUAUCAAUUUUAAUACAACUAAAUCAAAAUUAAGACACCAAAAUAUCCACGCAUCAUAAAGAUUUUUAAAAAUAAGACAAUAUAGCAUGAUAUAGUGUUAGGAUAACAUGAAUUUUGUUAUGUAGAGGCCAUUGUGCUGUACAGUGUACAGCAUUGUACAGAUGGUGUGAAUUUCCAUACACAUCAUAUAUGUAACAAAUGUUAUAUAUAACUCUCUUAGUAUGGCAAUUCACACACAUGUUCUGGCAUUGUGUGUUCAUGUUUGUUAGCAGAGCCUAUGUACAUAGAUGUGUUUGAUUCUGACAUACCAGGGUUUUGUUGAGAUGAAGAUAACAAUGAUAGUAACGUGAGCCCAGAGUUGGGAUGGACUUUACAGAAAUCUACCAGGUAACAAAUAUUUUGCAAACAAGGUUAAUAUGAUUUUAAAGGACCAUUCUGUGAAACCCAAGUACAUUUUUAAGAAAUAAUAAGAAUCUUGGGAAAAAACAUCACCAUGGUUACCGGAAUAUUGGCAGAAUCACAUGAUAAAAUCAUGUGUUUACCCUAAUAAUAUCACAUUAAAUCUCCUGUUGAUAUGCGGAGAUUCAGCAGCAUUGAAUAGGUUAGCCAGUGAUGACAUGAAUGAAUCAUGCAUUAAUCUGUUCUGGUAAUGUUCCUUGUAAAUAUGACUUACAGUACAUAUCUUAUCUUCAGACAAACUAUUCCACCACCAUUGAUUAUUGGCACAACAGUGAUAACAGCAGGUGUCUAUAGGCCAUCAACAAGAACUCUCUACUAACAAGGGAGUAGUCUGUCACUUCUGUCCAGGAAAUAGGAAAUUACAAAACAAAAUAUCACCUUCCUGCAGCAAGGGAGAUAACUGACUACAAAAGUCCAGUUUCAUCUCUUGCUGAACUAGGCUGGAGUUAUGGAGUUAUGUUUAUGCUGGACUAACGAGUCUAUGCAUAGUCCAGCCACAAUCUCAAAACGUAAUCAACAUCCGGUUCGUAAACUGCCAUGUAGAUUUCAGUUGAUUUCAUGAUUUGCAGAGCAUGUGUACCGUCAACAGUGCGUCCACAGAUAUUUUCGAAAUCUUUUCAUGGUUGUAAUCAAGGUGCUCAAGUGAUUUGAUGCACUAUGUGAAGUAAGACCCAUUUUAUUACAAUAUAGACUUGAUAAUUAAUCAAAUCGUCUUGACUGCGUGCCGCCAUUUUGUUUGAAGCAAAUGCAAGUAAUAUGAGAGGGGGAAUCUGAUCAGUCAGUAGAAGGGACUACAAUGGAGCCCAUAAAUUCCAGUCUAGUUCAGCAAGGUUGGAAACUGGACUUUUACAGUCAGUUAACUCACUUGCCUCGAGAAGAUGCAAAAUAUAGAAAAUGAAUUUUAUAAACAAUAUACAGUCAAGUCUCGUUAA